GCGGAAGAGACGUGUGACCAGACGUGCGGCACAAACGCUCAAUGCGUUCAUUUGGAGCAAAGAAGGCCUGAAUGCAAAUGCAAACCGGGAUUUAUAGGCGACGGACAGGUGUGUAGAAGAGCAGAAUCGGAGACAGAGGACUGUCGGACAUAUAAUUUAUGUGAUAUAAACGCUGAGUGUUUGGCCAACCCGUCCACACAACGCCACCAGUGUUUCUGUAGAGCCGGAUAUAAAGGGAACGGCAUCUUAUGUAUAGAGGAGUCAGAAUCGUGUGAAUUGUUAAACAAUUGUGGAGCGAAUGCCGAAUGUAUUUCAGAUGAGGGCAGUAAUAAUGCUUAUUAUUGUUCCUGUAAUCCAGGGUUUGUCGGCGACGGAUAUACCUGUUAUGCAGAACUUAAUCCCAAUCAGGGUUGUCAUCAAAUCAAUAACUGCCACUCAAACGCCAAAUGCAUGUAUGAGCCCCGGAAUGGUCUGUAUUCCUGCAGAUGUAAUGAAGGUCUCAUUGGAGAUGGUUAUCAAUGCACCAGAUCUUCAGGUGAAGUGAGUUGUACUCUACAAUCAAAUGUCUGUUCACCGAAUGGCGAAUGUGUUGUCGAUUCUGUGUCUCAAAAUGGUAUCUGUAAGUGUAGGUCAGGAUUCUUAGGGGACGGUGUUAUUUGCUACCGAAACGACGAUUGUAAUAUACAACAAGACUCCUGUGACCGAAACGCUCGAUGUCUUCACAGCAGUGCUUCCAACAGAUAUGAGUGUCGAUGCAAUGAAGGCUAUAACGGAGAUGGAAAGCAAUGUUUGGUGAAUGCAGACGCGACCUGCGAAGUGUUGCAUAACUGUCAUCCCAAUGCUACCUGUGCUUACGAUCUUAAUCUUCUCAAAUACACGUGUCAAUGCAAUACAGGCUUCAAAGGAGAUGGAAAAAAUUGCAAACAAUUGAUACUUUCGUGUAAUUUAAUAAACAAUUGCGAUGUGAAGGCUGAGUGCACGUACAACUUUGAUGCUCAGGGCUAUCGGUGUCAGUGUAUUAAUGGUUUUAUUGGCGAUGGGUUUGCAUGUCGUCCCUCCAGAACCUGUAGAGAAGACCAAUCAAUAUGUGAUCGAAAUGCUGACUGUGUGUAUGUGGAUCAGAUGUUGACUCAUGUGUGUCAUUGUCGGUAUGGCUUUGUGGGCGAUGGCUUCCAGUGCAGUCUCGCGCCCCGACAUGACGGCGAUUACUUAAUCUUCACUCAAGGAAUGUCUUUACUUCGGAUGCCAUUACAGCCAACCAAAGAAGAUAAGGGGAAACUACUGCUUACAAAACCACACCAAAUUCCCGCCGGUCUUGACGUCGAUUGUUUGGACGGAUUAGUCUACUGGAGUGAUGUCGCACAUGGAGUCAUAUAUCGGGCUAAUUAUAACGGGUCUUCAUCUCAAACAGUAAUUGAAGGCAUUCUUGGGUCACCCGAAGGCUUAGCCAUUGAUUGGGUUUCGAGAAAUAUUUAUUGGACUGAUUCUCUGAAAGAUACCAUUGAAGUGUCCAAACUUGACGGCAAAAUGCAUAAAACUAUCAUUAAUGAGGGAUUGAAUGAUCCCCGAGGCAUAGUUGUCCACCCGGGAAGUGGCAAAAUGUAUUGGUCUGACUGGAGUAGAACGGCGCCUAAAAUUGAAGUAUCAAAUCUUGACGGCACCGGUAGAACAGUUCUCGUCAACUCAGACUUAGGUCUUCCCAACAAUCUGGCCAUUGAUUACGAUCGCAAUGACUUGUGUUGGACGGACGCUGGACUUCAUAGGAUUGAAUGCAUUGACUUGUAUAGCAAUAGUCGUCGUAUUAUCCAUACUCCGACCGCAUAUCCUUUUGAUUUGACAUUCGUUGGGAAUAACAUCUAUUGGACUGAUUGGGAGAUAAAAUUUAUCCAAAGAAUGGACCGAAAGGGAGGAACUCCCGACCCAUUAGAGUUGCCUUUGGGAGGGAACGGAAGGUUGUACUCUAUAGUGACAAUUCCCCGACACUGUCCUCGCAUUAGUAACGCCUGUUCUGUAAACAACGGCGGCUGUAGACACCUGUGUCUACCCAACGGUCGAGGCCGCACCUGUAUGUGUCCCGACAAUGAUGGAGAUUCAUGCAAUGAAUUGAUCCCAAAAUAAUGAAAUUCAAAAACUAAUCAUUUCAUGAAUUUUGUUUUUAUAUUAAUUAUAAUAUUCUUAAAAAAUCACAUCAAAUAUUAAAUACAAUGAUAUAAAUAGUGUUA